UAGUUUGUGAGCAUAGUAGGAUCUCUGUAGUUGAGGAAGAGAGAAUGGGGUUAUCCAAAGAGGAGAUAACAGAAGAAACAAAGAAACAGCUAUGGCUGUCAUGGCCUAUGAUAUUUGUGUCUGUAUUUCAGUUCAGUUUACAACUAAUAUCUCUUAUGUUUGUAGGCCAUUUGAGUGAAUUGCCUCUUGCUGCUGUAUCUCUCUCUACUUCAAUUGUCAAUGCUACUGGUUUCAUGCUCAUGAUGGGUCUGUCAAGUGCACUGGACACAUUUUGUGGUCAAGCACACGGGGCAAAGCAGUAUCACAUGCUGGGUGUACACACCCAAGCAGCCAUGGUGGUUCUCACCAUUGUUAGUAUACCUAUUUCCAUUAUUUGGGUAUUCUUAGAACCUAUUCUAGUCCUUCUUCAUCAAAACAAAGAUGUUGCAGAACUAGCUCAACUAUAUGCCAGAUAUUUGAUCCCAAGUCUUUCAGCCAAUGCUCUUCUCCGGUGCAUCAUUAAGUUCUUACAAACCCAAAACAUACUCUUUCCUAUGGUGCUAGCCACUGGCCUUACUACCUUACUGCACUUGCUACUCUGUUGGGCUUUCGUUCAAAAACUUGAGAUUGGUAUCAAAGGAUCUGCCAUUGCAUUUUGCAUUUCAAAUUGGUUUAAUACCAUAGUCCUUGCACUUUACAUACGACUCUCCCCUUCAUGCCGAUCAACUUGGACUGGUUUCUCUAAGGAAUCAUUGCAUAUCAUCCCUAAAUUUUUCAGACUUGCCUUUCCUUCAGCAGUCAUGGUGUGCUUAGAAGCAUGGGCGUUUGAGAUCACUGUGAUCUUGUCUGGUCUUCUUCCUAAUGCGAAAUUGGAAACUUCAGUUCUUUCUAUAUGUCUUAACACAGCUGGUAUACUUUGGAUGGUGCCAUUUGGGGUUAGUGUUGCUGGAAGUACAAGGAUCUCAAAUGAAUUAGGGGCUGGUAAACCAAAAGCUGCAUAUUUAGCGGUUAAAGUCACCAUGUUCCUGAACUUUUUGGUGGGACUCGUAGAAUUUUCUGUCCUUAUGUCAUUAAGGAAAGUUUGGGGACGUGCUUUUACCAAUGUGGAUGAAGUGCUCACACAUCUGAUUCCCAUGAUGCCAAUUCUCGCAAGUGUUAAAUUCUUAGAUUCAAUUCUAACAGGAUUUCAAGGUGUUGCCAGAGGAUGUGGUUGGCAGAAACUUGGUGCAUUUAUCAAUCUAGGAUCUUAUUAUAUUUUGGGUGUUCCUUUUUCUGUUGUCUCAGCUUUUGUAUUACACAUGAAAGGACAGGGACUAUUUUUAGGGAUCGUAUUAGCCCUUAUUGUGCAAGUGGUGUGUUUUCUUGUGGCCACCUUACGCGCCAAUUGGGAGGAAGAAGCAAAAAAGGCUUUUGCAAGAGCAGGAGGCAGUAAAGUCCAAGUUGAGGAGCGUGAGGGUGACCAAAGUGUUCAUACUCCUUUCAUAGUUCAACAAUCUUUGUGAUAAGCUCGAAAGCAAUGAGGUGGAUGAUAGAAAUAAUAUAUGCAUAAGAUACAAUAAUACAAUAUAUUCAAGUAUGAGUUAAAAUUGUGUACCUGGAACUAAUGAAGGAUCCAUGGAAGCACGCAAUAUGAGAUGUUACUGUUCUCUUUCUGAUGAAUAUUUUCUAAACGUAAGAGUAUUUUAAGUUGUUACAUAAAAACUG